AUGGCUCCCGCUGCUGCUCGUGGUCGCAAGGCCCAGAAGGUUACCCAGAAGUUCGUUAUCAACGCUUCGCAGCCCGCUAGCGACAAGAUCUUCGAUGUCGCUGCCUUCGAGAAGUUCCUCCACGACCGCAUCAAGGUCGAGGGCCGUGUCGGUAACCUCGGUGAGAACGUUGUCAUCUCCCAGUCCGGUGAUGGCAAGAUCGAGGUUGUUGCCCACAUCCCCUUCUCCGGCCGCUACCUGAAGUACCUCACCAAGAAGUACCUCAAGAAGCAGCAGCUCCGUGACUGGCUCCGCGUCGUCUCCACCUCCAAGGGUGUCUACGAGCUCCGCUUCUACAACGUCGUCAACGACGAGGCUGAGGAGGAUGAGGAAUAA